AUGAUCAUAGGUUUGACCAGAGAAAAAUUAUUAAACAAGACAUAUGGACCGAAUAAUAAUAAUACAACACACAAUAAAAAAUACUUUGUUAAAAAUAACGGAGUAAUAACGACUAAGCCACCGCCGCCUUCAUUACUAAAACAACCACCUCCAAUAAUACUGAGUACUAGAUCAUCCACAACAACCACUACACAACCAUCUCUCAUAAAACAAUCAAUAUUUCAAUAUGAAAGCAAUUGGUCGCCGAAGAAAAAGGCCAUGGUUGCAAUGAGACGCAAGAAAUGGCAAGAAGGAAUCAAAUGGUACACAUUUCAUCUGCAAGAAUCGUUACGAACCCGAAAUCGUAACAGUUUCGUGUGCUCGAGUCGAACAAAACGUAAAUUAGAGAAUGAGGAUUACAUGAUUCGAUGUAGACGUGCGAUUGCAUACGGGAUGCUAAAGGACUUUGAAAUCGUAUUGCAAGAGGCAAAUAUUAUUCUUCGUCGAAAGCCACGUCUGAAAUUAGCAUUGUUGAUACGGGCUGCCGCGUAUUUCCACGUAAAUAAAUUCCAACAAGCACUUGCGGAACUUGAAACUAUUCUAAUAUGGUUUCCGAAUGAUACGUUUGCUCUUGGAGGUCGUGCUUCGAUUUAUUUGAAAAUGGGAGCUUAUACGUUAGCACGUAUGAACUUGGAGAAACUUUUUCGAUGCAAUAUUCGAGACCCAAUUGUUGAGAGUCUGCACUGUCCAAUGUAUAUAUCACCACUGAAAUUCUCGAAAAAGGCAUUUAUCGAGGAGCUAAUACAAGGUCACGCUGGAAAUAUUUAUGCGAUGGGCGAUUUUGACUUGAGACUUGAGAUGAUACAUGAGAAAGUUUCCAUUUUACGACUUUGGGGUUUGGCUUUGCGAAAAUUGAAUCGAUGUGACGAAGCAUUGGAAAAGUAUAAUCGUGCAUUGAAAAUCAAACCUUGGAGUAUUUGUGCGUUGAAACAUCGUGCAGACGCUUACUACUUUCUAAAUCGAUAUCGUGAAGCAUUGACAGAUGUGAGACAAGUCUUGAAGCGUCGAAGUCAUAGUGCAACGGCUUUAAAAAUUCAGAGUGAUUCUUAUUAUCAACUUCAUCGUUAUGACGAAUCAUUAGCAGUACUAAAUCAGAUCCUGAAACAAGAUCCAGAUGAUUCUUUUGCAUUACGAGAUCGUGGAAAAGUUCUCAUCAAAAAAGAGCAGUAUGGACAAGCAAUUCUCGACUUCACAGCUGCACUCAAAAUUCGACCGAAAAGUGUCACCACACUAGAGAAACGAGGUGAAGUGUUUCGAAAAUUACGCCGACUGGACAAUGCCAUCGCAGAUUUCAGCGCUGCAUUACAACUUGAGCCGGAUAAUAUUUCCCUGUUGAAGAAUCGCAGUGAUGUUUACUAUCAACAGGGAUACUAUGCGAAAGCACUCGUUGACCUGGAACAUAUUCUGAAAUUGGAUCCGGACAAUUUUUGUGCGAUUCGUGAUCGUGGUGACGUUUAUUGUAUGCAGCAUCGAUAUGAAGAGGCUUUGCAGGAUUUUAAUGCCGCUUUGAAAUUAAGGCCGGAUAGUUCUUCGGCAUUGGCGAGUCGAGGAGAUGUUUAUCGUAGAAUGGGAAUGUGCGAGGAAGCAUUAAUUGACCUUAACCGAGCCUUGAGACAUAAACCCACAAAUGCAACAGCGUUUAAAUAUCGCGGAGAAUUGAAUCGAACUCUUGGACGUUUUGAUGAUGCGUUACGAGAUUUUGACGCAGGCCUCAAAUACAAACCUGAUAGCCCAUCAACUCUGAAAUUCCGUGCAAAAGUUUAUUGUUUGCAAUCACGAUUCGAUGACGCAAUCAAAGAUCUAGAUCAAGCAUUAAAAAUAAAAAAAGACAGCGUGUCAACACUGUGUCGUCGUGCCGAAACCUGUUGCAUGAUGGGCAACCCGCACGAAGGACUCGCCGACGCAGGCAAAGCCGUCUCAAUCAAAGCAAACCCCAUGGCGCUUCGUUGUCGCAGCAAAAUCUAUCUAUUAUUGGACCGCCGAGAAGACGCACUACAAGAUCUCGACCGGUACCUGCGUUUGGAAUGGAAAGACUUGUCCGCAUUGUGUGAUCGCGGUGAAAUCUAUUUCCGGAUGGGACUUUCCGAUUUGGCAUUAAACGAUUUCAACCGUGCGCUACGACAAAACCCUACGAAUCUUGUGGCGUUGUGUACACGAGCCGAAUUGUUGUUGCUGAUAAAUAGAAAUCAAGAGGCGUUGGUCGAUUUGAAUAAUGCUAUCGCGGCUCAUUCAACGAGUGCUUGGCCGCUUUUCCUUCGCGCUAAAGUAAAUUUGGCGCUGCAACUUUAUUCCGAGGCCACAAUUGAUAUCGAGAGGGCUUGUUGGUUGGAACCGAGAUUUGAUUUCGGAAUUUUGGAUGAUCUUGAAAUCACUAGGAUAAUUUGUCAAGUAAAGCACGAUGUGAUGAAUUCUUACUUAUAA